AUGAUUAAUAAUGAAAAACGAACAUCAGCUGCUAAACUUGUUAAUAAAUUAUAUUUUUUUCUGAUUAGAUAUAUGCUUAAUAUGGAUGGUACGAUAAAAGGUGAUGAUGAAUCACGUAUUAGUGUUAAAUGUGCUAUACCAAUAUAUAUUACAUAUCUUUUAUCUUUAUGUGAAUACGGUGAUCUACAUUUACGUGGUGCAUGUGCAAAUUUACUUGUUACAUUAAUUCAAACAACAAAUCAUCUUUUAACACUAUCAUCAUUACCAAAUUCAUUUAAUAAUUCUUUUAUUAAUUAA